AUGCGAGGUGUGCGCAUCGUCGAGUUCGAGAGCAAUGAUCUUGAGCUGAAGGGGCAGAAGAUCGACGCCGAUGUCGAGCUCUGGGAUUGCUCAGGCGAUGAGAAAUAUAACAAAUGCUGGCCGGCGCUUGGAGAUGGGACACAUGGCGUGAUUCUGGUGGCGAGUCCGGAACGGCACACUGGCGAUGAUCUUAUUCCGUGGGAACGGGAAUUUAUCGAGCGCGGUGAUAUUCCGAUGAACCGCGUGCUGUUGGUGUUACUGGAUACUGAUCAGACCGCGACCAACCACUCGGCCAUUUCCGAAUUUCGCGUUCCAUCCUCGCUCAACGGGGUCCAUUGCGUUGCUGCCUCGCUGCCAAAAGAUGGAGACACGCUGCGCCUCGAAUUCAACUCAUUCCUUGUCGCCGUCAUAUCCCAAGUCCACGACAAA